CACCAUCCUUCACUCAAUAUCACCCUCACGAUGCGUGCAAGCACCCUCCGAGUCUCCCGCUGCUUGCGGUCUUACCACUCCGCGCCGUCGUCCUUUCUCCGGCCCCUCUCCACCACCGCAUCUCACGCCGCAACCGCACUUCCCAUAACCGCCACGGGCCCUCCUCCCGAGCCUCCUCAACCAACAUCAUCAGCCUACUCCUCACAACUAUCGGAGCGACGGCGCAAAGCAGCCCUUUUGCAAGCCGGUAAAGAUCUACGUGCCGCCCAGUCUCCGUCCUCCAGUUCCUCGAAAAAGCACUCUCCCUUGAGGAAACGGUUCUGGAAAGACGUCCACGUCCGCACCACCCCCGACGACAAUGGGCUAGAAAUCUACCUAGACUCUCGCCCCGUCCGGACACCCUCGAAAUCCAUACUCACAAUCCCUCGCUCAAAGCCACACCUCGCCCACGCCAUCGCCAUAGAAUGGGACAUGCUAGAGAACGCGCAGCAGGCCCUCAAGAACCACAACAUCCCCAUGACGAGUAUCGCCGCCAGAGCUCAAGACAUUCUCGAGUCCGAAGCCCGGGGCGACCGCACAGCUCGCGACGAGAUCAUACCAGUCAUGAUGCGCUACCUCGACACAGACACACUGUUGUGCUGGGCACCGGCACAAUCCUCCGACUCAGGGCUGGAUAUGCAGACAGGCACGAGGACAGAGACAUUACGCGACCGCCAAGUCCGCACGGCGAGACCGAUCAUCAGCUUCUUGAACACGAGCGUCUGGCCGGGCGUCGAGAUCAAGCCGGUCCUUGACGAGAACAGUAUCAUGCCCGCCAGACAGUCAGAGGUCACCAGGAGCGUGGUCCAAGGCUGGAUCGCAGGUCUGCCGGCGUACGAACUCGCGGCCCUCGAACGGGCAGUGCUUGCUUCGAAAAGCCUUCUACUCGGGACGAGGUUAUUGAUCGAGUGGAGCGAAGAAUUUCGGGACUUGCAGCGCAGCAGCGAGACGAGAUUCGGAAUUGAAGAGGCCGCCGAGGCCGCCAGUCUAGAAGUCAAAUGGCAGACGGGCAUGUGGGGAGAAGUCGAGGAUACCCAUGAUGUGGAUAACGAGGAUAUACGACGGCAAUUGGGCAGUGCCAUAUUGCUUGCCAGUGGGAGUCGGUAAGAAGAUACUUUUAGGAACGUAUAAUUAGAAUAUAAAUAUCAGAAUGGCAGCCGGACAUUCAUGCCG